AAUCAGCACGAGAGGGAGAACGAGGGAGGAGGACGGCACAAAUCAACCUGCCUCUUGACUCAACCAGCAGAAUAGAAGAGCCGGUAGACUCAGAGAUCGGGAAGUGUGUUUGUCGUUUUAUUUUUGGAGAGAGGAAGAGAACGGCAGACAGGAGGAACUGAAGGAGGGGGAGAAGGAGCCUCACCGUGGAGACAGAUAGCGGACAAAUGCUGUCAUGGAGAGAGAAGGGGAGGGAGUCGGCAGAGAGGAACAGGAUGAAACCAGGCAUGGUCGAGCGGAGCUGAAAUGUGGAGGUGGCCAGUGGACCUGACCAAAAGCAAAGCAGCGGGCACUGAGGGGUGCAGACGAAUGGAUGCCAUGUUAGAGAGGUUGACAGAGCCUCUGCUACAAAGAGGACUCGGGCUCCAGUGAGGAUCCUCUCAUCCUUCUUCUUAAGGAACUCAACUGGAGUACAACCAAAACACAAAAGCACAUCUCGAUGGACCCCUGCAACCAGACACAGAUGAAUAUUCUCCUCAUUCUUUUUCAUUUACACGCAAGAACUAGUUGACUUGGGAUAAAGUGUGGCACCUCACAGUCCAUGGGUUGAGAACAUUCAACCGUCUCAAGUGGUGUGAAUGAGGACUAUAUUGUUGGUUUUUCAUCUUCGUGUGCAGUGCUCCCGUCUCACACCGGCACCAUAGAGACCAGGACGGCGUUUUACUGGGAGAGCAGAGAGCUCUGCACCAGAGUGGAGAAACCAUUGUUGGACCGGAGUCUGUCCUUCAGGCACCAUGCAGUCAGAUGACCUCUUCAUCCGCAAGUUUCGCCGCCAGAACAUGCGGCCGCCUAUUGCCACCGUCAACUUUGACACCAACCGGGAAGCGGGUCUCGUGGAGUGGCCGCCAAGGAGGGAGGCUGAUGGAGCCGAGGAUGACAGCCUCACUCCGAGCCGCGUGGGCCUGACGCUGAGGUCGGUGGGCCGCGGCCACAUCAUGCAGAGGAGCAACAGCGAUGUGACCUUAGGAGACUUGGACUCCUCCGGGAAGGCAGGGGGGAAAGCAGCUCGAGUGGUUGGUGAGAAGGUGGGUGCGGGGGCUCAGGGCGAUGGGGGUGUGCUUCUACACAGGGAAUACGGCAGCCUGUCCUCACUGGAGAGACAGACUCAGGCACAGGAGCCACACACAGACGACCAGGGGCCCCUGAGUCCAAAUGCCCUUCGCUUCAAAGACCCUUUCCUGCUCUUGGGCCUGCAGGGCAACCCUCCAGAGCCUGAUGGAUUCUUUCGGGGUCUGUUGGUUUCCACGGGGGACUCCGCAAAACCCGCCAAGCCGCCGAAGCCUGAAGGUCUAAGUAAGAAGACCAAACCCCCUCAGAUCCCUCAACCGGGUCCAUAUGACAACAUUGGGGGCGGAGCCUGGGUGAGGAACUUUGCCCACUACGAUGUCCAGAGCAUCCUGUUUGACCUCACCGAGGCGGCCACAAACAGAGACAGCAUCGGACGGAAAAAGAAUAUCACCUCAGGGGCUUCGGCCGCCUCCCAACUGCGGCCCCUCUCCCAAGCCACCCCGUCCUCACCUGCACAGGGCGGGGGAGGCAACGGGGUGAACGCAGAUGACCCCGAGCAGUCGCUGCUGCUGGACGAAGGCGAUGGCAACGAUAACGAGCUCCUGCUCAGCUGCCCCCACUUCCGCAAUGAGACGGGGGGAGAAGAGCAGGUGGGUCUCGGUCAAUCCCAGGAGAGGCGGGGGCUCUGGUCGAGCCUGAGAACCCCCAACGAUGCGGUGUCGGUCCUGGAGGAGCCCAGAGAGAGUCACGUUCAACAGCAGGGCAAGAGCAACUACUUCAUAGAGCAUGCAGAUCUGGGAGCUCAAUACUACCGCAAAUACUUCUACAUGAAAGAACACCAGAACUUCUUCGGCAUGGACGACCGCCUCGGCCCAGUGGCCAUCAGUUUCCGUCGAGAGGAGAAGGAAGGAGCUCAGUACAAUUACAGAAUCAUCUUUCGCACCACAGAGAUGAAGACACUGCGAGGGUCCAUCUUGGAGGAGUCCGUUCCUUCUGCCGCUCGUCACACGACCCCUCGAGGCCUGUCUCCCAAGAGGCUGCUGGAGUUCAUCAUGCCUGAACUGAACCUGCACUGCCUCCGCUUGGCUUCAAACUCCCCCAAGGUCAGGGACACCCUGCUGAAGCUGGACGAACAGGGGCUGAAUUUCCAGCGAAAGGUUGGGGUGAUGUACUGCCGGGCCGGGCAGAGCUCAGAGGAAGACAUGUACAACAACGAGAGCUCGGGCCCGGCGUUUGAACAGUUCCUGGAUCUGCUCGGGGACCGUGUGCGGCUGAAGGGCUGGGAGAAGUACAGAGCCCAGCUGGACAACAAGACGGACUCAACUGGGACACAUUCCCUCUACACACGCUACCAGGACUAUGAGAUUAUGUUUCACGUGUCGACUAUGCUGCCCUACACAGCCAACAACACGCAACAGUUGCUGAGGAAGCGACACAUCGGUAACGACAUUGUAACGAUCGUGUUCCAGGAGCCCGGCGCCCUGCCCUUCACGCCAAAGGCCAUCCGCUCCCACUUCCAACACGUCUUCAUCAUCGUUCAGGUCCAUGAGCCCUGCACCGACAACACCUAUUACAGGGUGGCUGUGACACGCUCUAAAGACAUGCCAUUAUUUGGCCCACUCUUCCCGAAGGGCGCUCGAUUCCCGAGCUCUGCCGCCUUCAGAGACUUUCUCCUGGCGAAGGCCGUGAAUGCUGAAAACGCUGCCGAGAAGUCCGAGAAGUUCCGCUCCAUGGCCACCCGCACACGGCAGGAAUACCUGAAGGACCUGGCGGAAAACUAUGUGACCACCACACCGAUCGAUUCCUCCACCAAGUUCCCCCUGCUCUCUCUGGGCGGCAAGCGCAAAGACAAGCUGAAGGGCGCCAAAGGGGCCGAGCUGCACGGCGCUGGGGCGCUGGUCUGGGCCGUGAUGGUCAACGGGGGAGACGAUGGAGAGUCUGGAGAACUGCGGCUCCCCUGUCUGCUUGGGGUGUCUGCUGAGUCGGUGGUGCUCAUUGAGAGGUGCACACGCAGGGUGGUGUUCAACUGCUCCUGUCGAGAUGUCAUCGGCUGGAAGGCGGUAACAGCGACGAAGGAGGGGGGGCCCUGCUUGGAUAUCUUCUACGAGCGCGGGGAGUCUGUGUCAAUCACUGUGAUGAUGGAGAGCCAGGGGGAGGAUAUACGAGAGGUGGUGCAGAGGCUAGAGCUGGUGACGCGGGGCUGUGAGGCGCUCGAGGUCACCCCUCUGCGCGACGGCGUCGGUCAGCCCGGCUUCCUGAUGAACGAGGAGGGCUUCGUGACGGAGCUGCAGCGGUUCUGUUACGCCGAGAGCGGCGGCCUGCAGCUGUGGGCUCGCGUGGUGCGACUGUGCGGCCACUCGCUGGUUCACCUGAGCCCCGAGGAGAGGACCAGGCUGCUGCGCACCGCGCACAAGAUCCACAUCACGGUCAUCCCGCCCGACGAGAACGGCAAGCCGCGAAGAAGUUUCUCCGAGCUGUAUCAGAAAGCCAUUAAUGAUGCGGAGUGUAAACCCGGCGAGGAUCAGUCUGGAGAGGCCUGGGUACUGGACGAGAGGGAAGAAGAGGAAGAGGAAGAGGAGGAGAAGGAAAAGGAGGAGCAUGAGGAGGAGAAAGAGGAAGCAGAAGCAGAUGCAAAGGAGGAAAAGCUGACGGCGAGUGGGGUCAAUGAAGCGGACGUGACGGAGGUACAGGUGGAGGCCGAAGAGGACCAAGGACAGUCGUGUGAUGAAGGGCAGAGUGAGAGAAGUCAUGGCUCGCUCCUCGCACCGCACGGCUUGCCUUUGUUACGAGCCACGUCUCUGCAGGAGCAACCAGCCAUUCAGAGCCAGGAGGGCAGCGACUCGCAGCUCACACGCAGCUGCUCUUUGGAGCAGCAGCCGACCUACGGGGAUGCGUGUGAUGGGCACAUGUACGACAAUGUGGAUCUGAAGGGGGAAUGCCACCUCUAUGACGACGAAGGCAAGCUGAGGGACUCCACACCUGAUCUGAUCCCGGCUGUCAAACCGAAGGUUCCCCUGGAGGACGAACAGUUCAUGGGCGCUGAGUUGGGUGAUGACAAAGCUUCAGUGAGUGACUCGUCUUCCCGGUUGUCAUGUUUAGACCGCGCUGAAAGAAAUUCACGAGCCAUAAGUCUCCACAACUCCAUCACCAAGAUUCUCUCAGAGACGACAGAGUCCACUGAGGAGGAGUGGCAGUCCAUCGCUGACUUGGCCACGGCCUGCCGCGGCAUCCUGGAGGCUUUGUCACGAGAAGACCAUAAAGCCGGAGACCCCUCCCAAGGUGACCAGGCAGACGGCAUGCUGAAAGACUCAAAGGAGAGUGACUCUCCAGGCCACCUCGAGGAGAAGGUGUCACAGCUGGAGUCCAUGCUGAAGAGGCUACAGGAUGACCUGCAAAAGCGUGAUGUGCUUCUCUACACUGUUUGUGUUGUUUUAUUUCAAGCUCUGUGUUUAUGUGUGCCCACUAGUUUCCUUAAAGCCACCGCUGUACCUGUCGCUCCCCUCCCGUUCCUGCCACAGCGAUCUGAGCGACGGCUUUUGUUUUGUUGUGUGCCGAUGUCUUUCAGGAGAAGGAGGACAAGGAGAUGCUGCAGGCCGAGGUGCAGAGCCUCCGGCAGAACAACCAGAGGCUGCAGGAGGAGUCGCAGAGCACAGUGGCUCGCCUCAUCAAAGUCACCGAGCUGCUGUGCAACGUCAACAAGCCCUGUUAGCUUCACCCCAGCACGCACAGACACACAAACCGGCAGAAAGAUGCAACUCGUACAACGUGCUUGUACGCUCAGCAUACCGAUUGUCUUUGUUUGUAUUCCCAAAGGCAGACACACAGACGCGCAUCCCUGUUCAAUCUGUGUGUAACCGCAGUCUCAAUCCUGAAUCAUGGACCUGCCUUUCAUUGAGGAAGUAUGCAAAUCAACCCAUGAAAAAGAAAGGAAUGACAUUUCCAAAAUCCCAUGACCUUCACAGACUGACCAAUGUGCAGCUCUCAGGCUGCUGCGUUGGGGUGCGAUGCCGGAGUGCGAUGCCGGAGUGCUUCUCUUGGUGUAUAUGAUAGUAUGUGUGUGGAUGUGCGUGUGUGUGUGUGUGUGUGUGUGUGUGUGUGUGCAUCUCUUACUGUACCUUGCUUCCAAUACUUGACAAACUGGGCUGAAUAGCACUUGCAUAAAAGGUGGCAAUUAAGAGAGACACUGUAUAGCAUGUUUGGUGGUGUCUUAUCUGAAAUGACCAAAAGUGUGUAUAUAUACUGUAUCACCAAUAAUAUAUGUGAACAGUAGUAUUGCUAUCCUCGGAUGUCUGAGUGUGGUUCUGCCCGGCGCUGAUAGUAUGGAAGGCCUUGAAACAAAAACACGACAAGAAAAAAAAAGGGAACACGACGAUGACAAGCCUGUAGGCAGCCUUCUCCUUCAGAAGAUGUAACGAUGCCAACUGACUGGCCUUGGAGAAAGGCUUGUUACGUAAGGACAUGAAUCUCUCACCCCUCUUCACUUAUCCGUUGUAUUGGAUUUAAGAAACUGAAGUUUUUAGGGAGAAAGGAUUUUUUUUAAAAUUCAUCUAUAAAAGGUAUGUCACCUGGAAAUAUCUUUUUUUUUAAAGGAGUUGCGCAUGCUUAUAGCUCCUGGAAGUAUGUUCAAAACAGUAUAAAAAGGGAUACUGAAAAGGGUUUUUACCCCUUCUGAAAACGCAGACAAUGCCAGGAAAAGAACUGCUUCGGCUACCUUCCAUGAUUGCCUGUAGCUGUUUUCUUCUAAAAUCACUAUUGUAGCAGCCAUACUGUGGACGAUCUCCUACUGGCCUGAACCACACAAUGCCAAAAGGCAGCUUUUUAUUUCAGCUGGCAAAAUAGCUUUAGGUGUCAGAAUAAAACACCUUGAACUAAUAGUAAAAUACAGGAUAUUGUAUUUAAAUAUGUUUUGUGUUUGGCGGAUGUCUACAGUGACUAUUUAGGGUAAUUGUUUAGUAUGACUUAUGAGUGGUAGUGGUGAGGACACGUGAACUCUUACCAUUCCACCCUGAUGUGUGUUUGUGUUGUUCUUGCACUUUUCUUUUUGUAAAAUCAGGACACUGGACAGGGCACAUAGUGUACCCUAUUUAGCCCGGGUUAUGUCUUGCCCGACAUAAGGAGGUGGAUAAGAUCUCACCCCCCCCCCCCCCCCCACCCUACCCCGACACCACCUUUACCUCACCUUUUUGUGUCCACUGUUGUUGGCGCCAAUAACAGUAACGUGUGUUCAGAGGAGUCGGACUGCUUCUCCUCAGUGCCAACGAGAGAGAAAAAAGCAAAGGCAGCUCUCGUGAAAUCAAACGGAACUGACCACAAACUCUCUGACAAAAAGGGAUGCCAAACGUUCGUCAGUCACUCCGACUCUCUUGUUUUCUUGUACAAAACUUCCUCUUGUAAUUUUAUUUGAGAGUCACUGUGAAUACCUGGUACCAGCAUAUUAAGAUACAAUAUAUACAGAUUAAAUUAUGAAUCUAAACUUGAUCAGUAUGUGAAGAUACUGUAUGUACAGCUGAACCGUUCCAUGUUACUUAGUGCAUUGGGUUGUGUAUGCCCUCCUUUUCGCAGGAUGAUUAUGCAGAGAAGUGUUAAUCGUGACCAUGCAGGCGCGCCGUGUGUCAUCUCCUGUACAUGCUGAAGCCUCGUGACUGAACAGGGAGACGGAGGUGUGAGAAGACCUGUUUGACUGUGUCUUGUAUAGUUAUUUAGAUUGUAGGAGGUUGGUCAAGCAUGAUAAUGUGCCAAGCAACUUCCAAGCCCCCCUCUGUUUGUGUGUAUGUAUAAAAAUGUAACUUAUUAAUCAUGCAAAUGUGAAUUUUCUUGUAGCUGUUUUAACUGGAAGGAAGUCUUGAGGAAACAAUGUGAAAUAGGGCAGACAGGCAAGGUGGGCUUGGUUAUACAUUUAAGUUUAUUUUGUAAAAAAACAACAACCAUGAUAUGACAUGACAAAAUACUAUCUGCUAAGUGUGACGAUGGUUCUUAUUAUCAUUCUGUUAUUGAGCUAUUUCAGCUCUAGCUCUUGAAUAUAAUAAGGUCUUAAAACACCAUUAGGUACGCCUUAAUGAGUGAAUGGAUGUUCAAACUGCUCAUACUGGUGUUAUCUGACUUUGUGCCUACCAGAAAAUGUAAUGUAUGUUUACCCAGCUUAGUGACCUCAUUUCUUUGUCUUUGGUUGCACUUACUGAGGGUUUUUUGUGGCAGAUGAAGGAUUUCCUAAGAGACUGUCACAACAUCUGGUCUUUCAUCCGCUGCGCGAGGAAAAGACAUUGAGCAACACAUGAUCCGAAAGAACUGAUGAUGAUGAUGAUGAUAGUAAUAAUAAUAAUAAUAAUAAUAGAUGUGUAUUGCUGGUCUGAAGAAUCCCUGAGGCUCAGUGAGAACCACUGAUGGUUCAACAAAGCAAACCGACGAGUAUAUGAUUCAUAAAAGCAAAUUAAAAGGACAAAGGUGCUGAAAAUGACCCAUGUUGCAUUGAAAUCAAGUUUGAGUUGAUAUACAUGUGUGGAAUGGCGUACGCUUCCUCUAAAGGAUGAUUAUUUUGGUAUUUUAAUAUCUACAAAAAUUAAUUGUCUCAGAAAAUCCAAUGACGUAUUUGGAACAAAGCAGAAAUCGGAUCGUGGCUGAGUUGAUGCAGAUGUUUUGUCCACAUUAACUUUGAGAUGUUUGUGUGUAGUCGCUUUUACGAUAUGAUAGAAUGAUGGCGGGAUGGGUUUCUGGUUUUGGUUUGUGUGAGAUAAACAACAACAAAAAACCUGCAGUGAGAAAUCAGAUUUUUUUAAAUAUAUAUAUUUUUUUCUCCAACACAGACGGUGGAGAAAGAUCACUGAUAAAAACUACAAGUUAAUUAGUUUUUGGAGGAAGAAAACUGGCUGUAAACGUAAGAAUCUAGCUAUCAUUUGUUCACUCUACACCUAUAUUUACUUUUCAAUCAACAGAAAACUAUUAAAAGGAAAAAGGAA